CUCACCCAAAACAAGUCCCGUGGCUGGUCUGAUCCCUGACUCACUCUCACCCCGACUCCACCCCUUGGGGGUGCCCAGCCCUGACCUCUCACCCGACUCCCUAGACCCAGAGCAGGAAGUUCCCUCGUGUGGUGGACUUUGGGGUGGCACACGCAUGUAAGCAGGCUGUGUGGGGGGUGACAAGCUAGGCUGAGACUGGGGGUGCUCCUCGGAGGGGCCCUUCUGGGAGGCCCACCUGAGCACUCAGGUGCCACUGGGGCCUUAAAUAGGGUUAGUGAGCGGAUCUGUUUCUGGAAUGGCUGCCCCAGCAUCCCAGGGGCUGCCAGGGGGAGGUUUUACCCAGGACUCCAGCACCCCAGACCUGCCCAGGCUGUGGAAACCCACACUGACCCCCCAGCCUCACCCCAGGCUCUGAUGUCUCACCUCUGACUUCCUGCCCUCCGCUGCCCAGCCUGCCAGGGCGAGGACGGGAGGCCAGCCAGUCCCGAAGGCCCCAGGCCACGCCCCCGGCCUAUAUGACUUCGAGUAUAUAAAUACACCUGCCGAAAGCUGACACCCAGAGAACUCACACCUGCUCCGGACAGGGCUCUGCGUUUGGAAGAGCGCACGCAUCCCCCUGAGCCCCGCUUGCCUGAGACAGAGCAGAGGGCACGCCUGCCAGACCAGUGCCCCCAGGAAGGACAGCUGCUGGUAGUCAGCCCCGUGGAGGGACACCUGCCAGGUGGAGCACAGGUGGGCCCAGCCCAGAGAAGAGGGAGCGAACACAGCUGGACAGGAGAGCUCGGAGCCUCACAGCCUGGUGGUGGCUAGCCAAGAGGACCAUGCUCAGGCCUUGCUGACGACCCCCGGCCACCAGCUCAGAGUCAUGUCGUCAGGCCAGCAGGUGUGGCAUACAGCCACGCCGGCCCCCGGUCGGCCCAGCCCUACAGCCACGGUGCCCAGGUCCCCCAGCACCCCCGGCUCAGAGAAGGUGGCCUCCCCGCUGGAGUGCUCCAUCUGCUUCUCAGGCUACGACAACAUCUUCAAGACGCCCAAGGAGCUCUCCUGCACACACGUCUUCUGCCUGGAGUGCCUGGCACGGCUGGCGGCCGCCCAGCCAACAGGCCGGCCCGGCAGCGAGGCUGUGCCCUGCCCGUUCUGCCGGAAGCCCACGGCUGUGCCGGCUGCCGGGGCCCCCGCCCUGCGCACCAGCCGCCAGCUGCAGGCCAGGAUGCCGGCACACCUGCGUCGGGAGGAGCCCGUGUGGCUGGAGGGCACUAAGCUGUGCUGCCGCCCGCCGCCCUCCACACCCGGCCUUCCAGCGCCUGGCUUCGUGUGUGUGGAUGUGGGCCUGAGCAAGCCUGCGGAGCCCACUGUACCCACACCCGCCCCGCGCCCUGCCCGCCGCCAGGGCCGUCUGGCCCGCUGCUGGGCGCGCUGCAGGGACUGGAGGCGCGUGGCGCUGGUCACGGCCCUGCUACUGGUGCUCUCCUGUGUGGUGCUCUGGCCCGUACAGUGCGCGCUUAAGACUGGGAACCUGCACUGCGUCCCCCCGCCCUCUGCCGCCAUCACCAGCGCCGCUGCCUUCUCUCCUGGGCCCGUGGCCGACCGCUAGGCUCAGUCACCCCUGCCCCAGCUCCAGGUGUGGUGGGUCUCUGGCCCACAGUUCGGGUCACAGGUGUGGCAACCCCAGAGGGGCCCCAACGUCUCUGAGGACCCCAUAUACCCAUUCAGCUAGCCUUCCCCCUACUCUGGGGGGCUGGAUCCUGAUGGCACGGACAGGAGGGUCCCUGAAGCUUCCAAGAAUCACAGGCUCCCAUGGGUCCCAGAGACCACCUCCCUAACCCCCCAUCACGGAGAGACAGCCUUGAUGAGGCCCCCUCUGUAUUCACUGUGAAUUACCUGCAUUAGCAGCCCUUUGCUGAGAAGGGAUGGCACUCACCAUCUUUAUUUUAUUUUCACAUUUCAC